GAGUUCCUCCGCUGCGCGCGCCACGUCUCCCUUAGCGAGCUGGUGGGGGACAGGCAGGGGGAAGGAAAAAACCGAGCGGGGCGGGAACUAUUUCCUCUCGCGAUAGCUGGCGACGGCAGCGGCGGCGGCGGCGGUGGCGGCGGCGGCGUGUCCGUGAGAGUAGCGUGGGGGCGGGGAGGAGAGGCGGCGGUGGCGGCGGCGGCGGCGGCGGCGUCCGAGCUACGCCACACAGGGUCUGGGCGUUGAGGGCCGGAGUGCAGAGCGGGGUCGUGGCGGCGGCGGCGAGGAAAGGGAGGAGGUGGAGGGGGUGCCAUGGCCGGGCAGCAGUUCCAGUACGAUGACAGUGGGAACACCUUCUUCUACUUCCUCACCUCCUUCGUGGGGCUCAUCGUGAUCCCGGCCACAUACUACCUCUGGCCCCGAGACCAGAAUGCCGAGCAAAUUCGAUUAAAGAAUAUCAGAAAAGUAUAUGGAAGAUGCAUGUGGUAUCGUUUACGGUUAUUAAAACCCCAGCCAAAUAUUAUUCCUACAGUAAAGAAAAUAGUUCUGCUUGCAGGAUGGGCAUUGUUCUUAUUCCUUGCAUACAAGGUUUCCAAAACAGACCGAGAAUAUCAAGAAUACAAUCCUUAUGAAGUAUUAAAUUUGGAUCCUGGGGCAACAGUAGCAGAAAUUAAGAAACAGUAUCGUUUGCUGUCACUUAAAUAUCAUCCAGAUAAAGGAGGUGAUGAAGUCAUGUUCAUGAGGAUAGCAAAAGCUUAUGCAGCUUUAACUGAUGAAGAGUCUCGGAAAAAUUGGGAAGAAUUUGGAAAUCCAGAUGGGCCUCAAGCCACAAGCUUUGGAAUUGCCCUGCCAGCUUGGAUAGUUGACCAGAAAAACUCAAUUUUGGUCUUACUUGUAUAUGGGUUGGCAUUUAUGGUUAUCCUUCCAGUUGUUGUGGGUUCUUGGUGGUAUCGCUCAAUACGCUAUAGUGGAGACCAGAUUCUAAUACGCACAACACAGAUUUAUACAUACUUUGUUUAUAAAACCCGAAAUAUGGAUAUGAAACGUCUCAUUAUGGUUUUGGCUGGAGCUUCUGAAUUUGAUCCUCAGUAUAAUAAAGAUGCCACAAGCAGACCAACAGAUAAUAUUCUAAUACCACAGCUAAUCAGAGAAAUUGGCAGCAUUAAUUUAAAGAAGAAUGAGCCUCCACUUACCUGCCCAUAUAGCCUGAAGGCCAGAGUUCUUUUACUCUCUCAUCUUGCUAGAAUGAAAAUUCCUGAGACCCUUGAAGAAGAUCAGCAAUUUAUGCUGAAAAAAUGCCCUGCCCUACUUCAAGAAAUGGUUAAUGUAAUCUGCCAACUAAUAAUAAUGGCCCGGAGCCGUGAAGAAAGGGAGUUUCGUGCUCCAACUUUGGCAUCCCUAGAAAACUGCAUGAAGCUUUCCCAGAUGGCUGUUCAAGGACUUCAGCAAUUUAAGUCUCCCCUCCUGCAGCUCCCUCACAUUGAAGAGGAUAAUCUUAGAAGGGUUUCUAAUCAUAAAAAGUACAAAAUUAAAACUAUCCAGGAUUUGGUGAGUUUAAAAGAAUCAGAUCGUCACAGUCUAUUGCACUUCCUUGAAGAUGAAAAAUAUGAAGAGGUUAUGGCUGUCCUAGGGAGUUUUCCAUAUGUGACCAUGGACAUAAAAUCACAGGUAUUGGAUGAUGAAGAUAGCAACAACAUCACAGUAGGAUCCUUAGUUACAGUGUUGGUUAAGCUGACAAGGCAAACAAUGGCAGAAGUAUUUGAAAAGGAGCAGUCCAUUUGUGCUGCAGAGGAACAGCCAGCAGAAGAUGGGCAGGGAGAUACUAACAAGAACAGGGCAAAAGGAGGAUGGCAACAGAAGAGUAAAGGACCCAAGAAAACUGCUAAAUCCAAAAAAAAGAAACCUUUAAAAAAAAAACCUAUACCUGUGCCGUUAUCACAGUCAAAGCAACAGAAACAAAAGCAGGCAAAUGGAGUUGUUGGGAGUGACGCUGCAAUAAAGGAAGAUGAAGAAGAAGUUUCUGACAAAGGCAGUGACUCUGAAGAAGAAGAAACCAAUAGAGAUUCCCAAAGUGAAAAAGAUGAUGGUAGUGACAGAGAAUCUGAUAGAGAGCAAGAUGAAAAACAAAACAAAGAUGAUGAAGCAGAGUGGCAAGAAUUACAACAAAGUAUACAGAGAAAGGAGAGAGCUCUGUUGGAAACCAAAUCAAAGAUAACACAUCCUGUGUAUAGUCUUUACUUCCCCGAGGAAAAACAAGAAUGGUGGUGGCUUUAUAUUGCAGACAGGAAGGAGCAGACACUAAUAUCUAUGCCAUAUCACGUGUGUACACUAAAAGAUACCGAAGAGGUAGAACUGAAGUUUCCUGCACCAGGCAAGCCUGGAAAUUAUCAGUAUACUGUGUUUCUGAGAUCAGACUCUUAUAUGGGUUUGGAUCAGAUUAAACCAUUAAAGUUGGAAGUUCAUGAGGCUAAGCCUGUGCCAGAAAAUCACCCACAGUGGGACACAGCAAUAGAGGGGGAUGAAGACCAGGAGGACAGUGAGGGCUUUGAAGAUAGCUUUGAGGAAGAAGAAGAGGAAGAGGAAGAUGAUGACUAAGCAGUACUAUGAACGGACCACAGUGUUUGCACAUCUUUGCAAAAUUUUGCUGUUUUGGAAGUGUAUAAUAAAUCAGAAACAGGACAGAACUGAUAUUGAGGGAGGUCUUAGUUUUUUUUCUCUAGAAAUGGGUGUGUUAUAUUAACUAGGCAGGCAGUGGUGGUGCCGUGGUACAAUCUGAAAAAUGCUGAAGGCUUAUUGAAGCCUUUCAAGUAUGGGAUGGUGCAUUUAUUUCAUCUGCAAACGAUAAUAAAUCCUUUGUUAUUAUAACUGUU